AAUGCAGCCAUUCUCUAGCACAGCGUUUGACCCUGCUUUUAGAACCCGUGGCCAUGCCACCUGGGACUCGGAGUCCCAGUCACCUGGAAGGCGCAGUGGGGUGCCGCCCUCAGUCAGCAUGGAUGAAGCCACAUGGCGGUUGUGAAGGAGGUGAUGGAUGUAACCACAGUUUUCUAGGGAGAAUGUGUCCUUGGACCUGGUGGGGCAUGUUGGGGACCAGAACUGAUCCAGUGCCUUCUACCAGGAACGCCCUUGCAUCUGUUGUUCUCCUGACACCUCUUGUCUCGAGUACAUCAGGGACCUGUUCAGAGCAAUGGCUGCUGUCACUUUUAUCUCCAUGUCAGGAGAAACCUUACCUGUGCCACUUUCUGUAUACUAUGACUCAAACAGCUCACAGCUUAUUUUAUGGUUCAUGAGUGCUUGUGGAAUUUGGUGCUCACUGUGUUGCUUGCCUGUAAGCCGCCUAAGUUAUUUCAGUGCCUGAAGUUGGUGCUGGUUCUCAUCAUUUUUGCUGUCAUACACUGAAUUUCAAAAAUCUGAAGUUUAACACUUUCAGGGUUCAAUGCUAUGCAUGUGGUAACUGGAGAAGGAAUCCAACAGUUCUUUGGCUGGCUGGGAAUGCUGGGUGUUACAGGAUUUUUAUUUUAUUUUAUUUUUUUGUCUAACCAUGCAUAAGAUUGCACCCUCAAUCUGCUUUGUUUAUUAUAAAUGUUUUGAGAUGGUUUUUAAACUGCUUAGAGGUUGGUUCCAGUUUAGUCAUGGUUUACUGUAGUGUCUCUGAAAUUAGGGUUAAAUCACUCAUCACAUUGAUUUCAGUAGCUCUACUAAAUCUGGAACAAAUGUGCUGCUUUUUCAUUUUAUAGUUUUCACAGUCAGAUUGUGUAUUUCUAAUACCGCUUUGCAUGAUUAAUUCUGGUGCAUGAGCAAUCCUGGGAAGGCUUUCCUCUGAAAAGGUGUGUGUAAAUUAUUUUAAUAUAAAUAACUGCUUCAGUGUUUUCUGUGCGAGUGAAGCAUGCAAGUAGUUAUCAAAUGUUUCUGGAAGUAGAACAGGGCCUUUCUGCAUUGUAGGCAGAUACGUAUUUUCAUGUAUUCUUUGGCAGGUGUGCUGGUUUUGAUCAUGGCAAUGCUUCAUUAUCUGGUCCAAUCUUAGGGACUCUGUCACAGCGGCCCUUUGCUCUGAUGACUUGGCAACAACUAUUGGCAUAUUUGCUAGCCAUUUCCCCAUGUGCUGGAUCCCCAAACUGUGAUUCAAUAAUAGCAAAAACUGGCCUCAGAAUUUGAGAAGCACGUGCUGUGAACCUGGAUGGCUCCCUCAUGCUCCUCUUGCAAGGAGAGUGCUGUGAUGCUUGUGGAAGAAAUCCCCAGCUGUCGGGGGGCUGCAUGGCUGGUCCCUGGAAAUGGGAUGCCCAUCCCAUUUGUGGGCUGUAAAAGAGACUGGCCCUUUCCUAGUGCCCGCCGCUGCUCCUGUUCCUGCCACUGCCUUGACUGCACGUGAACUGGAGAGGCAAGGAAAAUGUCCACCAUCACUUCAGCCAUCCCGGCUCCACAAGGCCCGGUCAACCCACCUCCCCCCGAGGUCACCAACCCCAGCAAGCCUGGAAGAAAGACCAAUCAGCUGCAGUACAUGCAGAAUGUGGUGGUGAAAACUUUGUGGAAGCACCAGUUCGCUUGGCCCUUCUACCAGCCAGUCGAUGCCAUAAAAUUAAAUCUACCGGAUUAUCACAAAAUAAUAAAAAACCCAAUGGACAUGGGGACGAUCAAGAAGCGGCUGGAGCAUAGCUACUACUGGAGCGCCAGCGAAUGCAUGCAGGAUUUCAACACCAUGUUCACAAAUUGUUACAUUUACAACAAGCCGACUGAUGACAUUGUCCUCAUGGCCCAAGCCUUGGAGAAGAUCUUUCUGCAGAAGGUGGCCCAGAUGCCCCAGGAGGAAGUGGAGCUGCUGCCCCCAGUGCCCAAAGGCAAGGCUCGGAAGAUGGCAGCCGCCACACACCAUGCAGCCACAGGAGGCCAGCAUCCAGCAACGGCAGCUGUGUCUUCAGUGUCUCCACCAGCUCCUUUCCAGAAUGUUCCCCCUUCGGUCUCACAGACGCCUGUCAUUGCCGUCACGCCUGUGCCAACCAUUACUGCAAAUGUCACCCCCAUCGCUGCUCCCUCCGCCACUGCGCCUGCGCCUCCGCCACCACCUGCUCUCAUCAUGCCAGUUGUACCGCCAACACCGCCAAUAGUCAAGAAAAAGGGGGUGAAGCGGAAAGCAGAUACGACCACGCCCACCACGUCAGCCAUCACAGCCAGCCGGAGCGAGUCUCCCACCCCGUUGUCGGACUCCAAGCAGGCCAAAGUGGUGGCCCGGCGGGAGAGUGGCGGCCGACCCAUCAAGCCCCCCCGGAAGGACCUGGAGGACGGUGAGGUCCCCCAGCACGCGGGCAAGAAGGGAAAGCUUUCAGAGCACCUCAAGUACUGUGACAGCAUCCUCCGGGAGAUGCUGUCCAAGAAGCACGCCGCCUAUGCCUGGCCCUUUUACAAGCCUGUCGAUGCAGAGGCCCUGGAGCUGCACGACUAUCACGACAUCAUCAAACACCCCAUGGAUCUCAGCACUGUGAAGAAAAAAAUGGAUGGCCGAGAAUAUCAGGAUGCCCAGAGUUUUGCAGCAGAUAUUCGAUUAAUGUUCUCAAAUUGUUACAAGUACAACCCUCCUGAUCAUGAAGUGGUUGCCAUGGCCAGAAAACUUCAGGAUGUCUUUGAGAUGCGGUUUGCCAAGAUGCCAGACGAUCCAGCGGAGCCACCCCUGCCGCCGCCGCCAGCAGCGCCGGUCGUGAGCAAAAGCACAGAGAGCAGCCACAGCAGUGAAGAGAGCUCAUCCGAUUCAGACAGCUCGGACUCGGAGGAGGAGCGGGCCACGCGGCUGGCGGAGCUCCAGGAGCAGGAACGUCCCCGAUUUUUGAGGCAGUGCUACACGGUCAAUGACACCCGAGACUGGAAUGGAUGGAAUCUCAAGGCUGUCCACGAACAGUUGGCUGCUCUGUCACAAGCUCCCGUGAACAAGCCAAAGAAGAAGAAGGAGAAGAAGGAGAAAGAGAAGAAGAAGAAAGACAAGGAGAAGGAGCGGGAGAAGGAGAAGGAGAAGCACAAGGCAAAAGCGGAGGAGGAGAAGAAAGCGAAGGUCCCCCAGCCAGCAAAGCAGGCGCAGCAGAAGAAAGCGCCCGUGAAAAAGGCAAACAGCACCACCACUGCAAGCAGGCAGCCAAAAAAGGCAGGGAGGCCGCCCUCCACAGCCUAUGACUCUGAGGAGGAGGAGGAGGGCUUGCCCAUGACCUACGAUGAGAAGCGCCAGCUGAGCUUGGAUAUCAACCGCCUGCCCGGGGAGAAGCUGGGCCGAGUGGUGCACAUCAUCCAGUCACGGGAGCCUUCGCUCAGGGACUCCAACCCGGACGAGAUUGAGAUAGAUUUUGAAACAUUGAAGCCCACCACACUGCGGGAGCUGGAGCGAUACGUCAAGUCGUGUUUGCAGAAGAAGCAGCGGAAGCCGUUCUCAGCCAGUGCGAAGAAGCCAGCAGUGAAGUCUAAGGAAGAGAUGGCUCAGGAAAAAAAGAAGGAGCUGGAGAAGCGGCUGCAGGACGUGAGUGGGCAGCUGAACAACAACAAGAAACCUGCCAAGAAAGAAAAAUCUGGCUCUGCCCCCUCCGGCGGCCCUUCUCAUCUCACCAGCAGCAGCUCUUCGGAAUCCGGAACAAGCAGUUCCAGCGGAUCCAGCUCGGACAGUAGUGAUUCGGAAUAAGCGAUGGACGCUUUUAGCGCACCUGGACAGCAAAUGGACGUCUCACCGACACCUGCCCCUGAAGCUUUGCUGCGUCGUUCCCUUCAGUUUCAUGUUGUUGUUGUUUUUUUUACCAGUGGUCUGCGCUUUUCUCUCCUGACCAGUUCUACGCUUCCUCACCCCCCAGCUCUUUUAAACUUAUUUUUAAACAAAAAAUCCAGUGUUACCAAAAGAUACCUUCCUAAAUUAAUUUCCUCCCACUUUUAUUAGGUCAAAGAUCUCUGUGUGCGUGUGUCUAAUCACUAGAUUUGCUGAUGAGCAGUUUAGUUCAACUGGGGUGCAGCCCUCUGGAAGUCUAGGUAGAAUAAAAGGGUCACCUUGCCCAGCACAGCUGGCUGGUGCAUGCUGGGUGAUGUAGGCCAUUUUUUCUGUGUCAACUUCCAUAGGAUUGCUCCUUUAAAAGUCUGCAAACUUAUUUUAAUUAAAAAAUGUAGAUGAUUUGCUAGCCAAUGAGAAAAACUCCAAAUAAGAAAUCAGUAGGGAUUAUAUGCAAGGUGUAAGGUUUGGGUGGGGUGUGGGGGAUUCUGGUAGCAUUCUUUCCCUGGAAAAUUUCCUUUUUAAUACAGCCCAGGACUGACUCACGUGUAUCACAGCACGAAGCAGAGAGGGUACUGGGGUCCUUUUUAACAUGUGGGGUGGGAGGGAUAAGAACUCUCUGUAAAAUGGUACUGUAUCUGAAAGAUGUUAGCUUUUGAAGUAGUCAGCGUAUUUGUUCCUAGCACUAGUAUUCCUAACCUCUGUGGGUCUGUGCCACCAGGGUGUUCUCCCGCACAAGUCCCACUUUGGAAGGAAGGACGCUCCUAUCUAUUUCUACAAAGGGGCUUGUGCAGGAGAACUUCCUGGUGGAUUGGGCCCUACAUCUAGAUUGUGAUGAAGCUUAUCCUAUAUAUAUAUAUAUAUGUGUGUGUGUGUGUUUGUGUAUAUAUAUAUAUGGGAAGGAAAAAAGAAAGCUCAUGUACUGUGGAUUGUUUUUAAUGUAUCUUUUUAGCAUUUCUUUUUAUCUUUCUUUUUUGAAAAAUAUUGAUGCUGAGAUUCACUGGACUUGCAUUCUGAAAAGUGCUCGGGGGUUGGCUGACAGAUUAGACGCUGGUGGGUGGCUGGGAUCCAUUUGUUCACUGUGGAGGUACAGCGCAAGCAGAGCGCGGGGCCUGAGGUGCGUGGCCCCUUUGGUAGGAGCAGGAACCCUUUAGUGGCCAGGAUUGGCUUCCUGGCGCACAUGUGCCCCGGGGCCUGACUUCACUCACAGAAGAGGGCAGGCUGGCACUUGCCUGCAAGCCUUCAGAUUAUGCCCAAAGUGACAUGAGGGGCAGACAAAGAAGCCCUUAACCCCCCGGGGAACCUCUUCCUCUGAUCCAUAGCGGAGGGCACAUCUCAAGAUGGUGGAAAAGAUUAUGGUAUGUAAGGUUGGACUUUAUUAAAUAAAGCCAACCUUUCCAGCAUCUUGAGAUACUUUUUUUUCCUGCAGACCUUUGGCAAAUGCUUAAGGGUUUGUGCUUAAGGGUUUCUCUGUACACAACUGUGGUCUUCUUUGGCCAUCACAGUAGAGAAACAUAAUUCUGUUGAGCAGGUUCCAUCAGAGAAUGCCCCUCAACCCGACUCCUUCCAAAUGUGCCGGGGGCAGGACACAUUGUUCCUGACUACCGGAUUAUGUCUCCCACUGCAGCUACAGAGAGAUGUUGUCUCAGCACGGACAUAAUGCCAGUGGUAGAAGGUACUGUUUCAUCGUGGAGGAGAAGCCAACCUAGAUUGCUAGCCAUGCCGGCUGGAAAUGAUGCAAGUUGCAGUCCAACCCAUCUGGAGGGUGCCAGGUCAGGGAGGCAGUUUGUCAGUUACGGUUUGCAGGUGCUAACCUGGAAUUCAAGGUCCUGAGGUCUUGCUGUGACACAGCCUUUGUGAUCUUGCCCUCCUUUUGGAGUGGAGAGAAGGGGAGCAUGUGGAGCAUCCUGCUCAAAAUAGGAACCCAGGCUCUGGCGGGAGGAGCGGUGGUGUGUUCCCCCAAGAUCAGCAGUGGCACAAGGGAGGGUGGUCCCUUGGCACAUAGUCCAGGGUGGGCUGUUAGCAGCCUCCUGGGAGCUCUGUCUUGCCUCUCAGGUCAGAGGCCAUGUGUCCCUGCAGGCAGCACUUGCUGAGGAAUGUGGGCGGGAGAAUGCUGUGGCAUUCAUUUCCGACUGGAGGGCUUCUGGCAGCUGCCCUGGUAGGUCCCUGGGCGACAGAAGGCUGGGCAGGAUGGCUCGUUCUGGUGUUCCUUGCCUCCAUCCUGCCUCGGUGGUGCCUGCAGCCCGCAGAAUUGCGGCCUAAAUGCACGAGACUCACAGGCAGGCCCCGCAGAGCAGAGCAGAGCAGAGAGGCUUGUCGCGGGGUUCUGCCAGAGCAGCACCUCUGUGGGACAUGGGCAAGAUUGCUGGCCAAGCUGCCGGGUGGCCGCCUUCUCGUCUGGGCUUUCCUUCCAGACAGCUGUGGGGCAUGGGGCUGAGGACAGGGUGAGCCGGUGACAGCAGUCGACUCGCUGUUCCUUUUCUAUCUUUUUGUACCAGCAAGGAAGCUCUUGGAAUGGAAGGUUACUCGUGUGUCAAGCAAGUGCAGAUUUCCAAAUAAUCAAACCUUUUACCUCAAGGUAUGGGGGAAAAUACACUAUCGGGGAGGGGGAGGGGGUAUACCAUUUUUGUAAGAAUCAUCAAUUUUCUAAAAGCUAUUUUUUCUCCAGCCUGCCCUGGAGACCUGCACUUUUGCAAUGACACACUCCGGAAUUGACUGUCCCUUGUUUUCAUGUAUAUAGAAAUACUUUAUUUAUUAACAUCAUUGUUCACUGAAAAACAUAUAUCCUGCAUUUUGAUGAGCAGCAGAGAAAAAAAUGCAGGUUUGUGUUGUUUUUUAAACCAAGCUCUGAAGAAUUGGGAGUCCUUUUUAUUUAAAUGUAUUUGACUUUUUAACCAACAGGUGCUACAGAUCUUUGAUAGUUUCCUGUGCCGGUGCUUAUACCUUGUAUGUGUACUCAGUUGUGGUGGGAGGGGGGUGGGAUUAUUUUGGGUUUUGUUUGGUUUCUUUUUUUGUACAGACUUUGGACUUGCAGGUAUUGGUAACUUCCAGAUAAAGCAUGUUUUAUUUGUAUAUUCCUAGUCCUUUUCUCUUUCUCUGUAACUUGUUUUAAAGUAGAACAGUUUGAAAAAAAAUAAAGGAGCAAAGACAUUUUCAGAGCAAA